ACUUGUUGGUGUUGAUAUUAAUCCUGCUGCUGUUGCAUUGUCACAAUGCAAUUGUUCAUUUGCAAUUCCACCAAAUCGAGGGAUCACAGCUGAACAUCGACCAAUUAUUCUUCAAGCAGAUUCAAGGAGUUUAAAAGGUGCAAUAUUUGAGGAUGAAUCAUUUGAUCAUAUAUUAAGUCAUCCUCCAUAUAAAAAUUGUGUUGAAUAUUCAACACAUAUAGAUGGAGAUUUAUCAAGGUUUGCAAAUUGUAAAGAAUUUGCAAUGGAGAUGAGUAAA